AUGGCUCAAACCACACAUGCGAGUAUAAACGGCAUAGGCGAGUAUCUUGCUCAUGGAGCAACCGGAAUUGUCGAACGACAAGAAGAAGUCGUCCUCAAACGGCCGUAUCCAAACAACGAUGAUUCACUGCAAGAACUUGAGAUUGAGGCACGCAUCUACCGGCAUCUUGGUCCGCACCCCAGGAUAGUGCCAUUCUUGUCAUGGGACAGCGAACCGCCUAUACUCAGGAUCGAACACAUGAAGAAGGGUAAUCUGAAUUCAUACAUCACCUCUCACCAGUGCUCCAUCGAAGAGAAAAAUCGUUGGGUCAAGCAGGCAGCUGACGCGAUCGAGUUUCUGCACAGCAAGGGGGUGAUUCACUGCGACAUCAAACCUGACAAUCUCCUGCUGGACGACAACCUGGAUCUCAAGGUCUGUGACUUCGCCGGCUCCUCAUUGCAAGGUUCAAAGGCUCUCGUCGGUAGUGCCACACGUUACUGGCGUCCGACACCGCUCAGAGCUCCGUGCGAUGCUCGAGACGAUAUCUUCGGGCUCGGGUCUACGAUAUACAUGAUCGUGACUGGCACAGAACCAUUUGAGAAACUGGAGAGCGACGAGGUGGAGGCCCGAUUCUCAGCGGCGAAGUUUCCAGACACCGGAGAUCUACUGUUUGGUGAGGUGAUGCAAGCUUGUUGGGGAGGUCACCGCUCGAUUGAAGAGGUGUGUGAUUUGAUCGAGAAGGGCACUCGGGAGAUGCAAAAGCUCGACUAG